GAAUCGGGCGCUAGGACCUGGGAGACACAUUCAGAACCAGCAAGGCUACUGAGCAUCCACAUAGCAGUACUGUGAAGGAAAACCCCAUCGGAUCUGAUAUUGCAGGAUACUUGUGAAAUGUACAUAGCUUUCUUUCCUUUCUGCGGCUGCAGCCUUCUGAAGAUCGCACAUGUGCACUGGAAUGCUUAGGAACGCAAUGCACGUUUGGAAGAUCCGUGAUCAAGUCUCCCUGUCAUAGAACGAGAAGACUUGUGCGGUGCUUAAUCUUGUCCUUCAAUUUAUAUCCAGUUUUCCCUGUAUUUGUAUAUUUUUCCCACACCUGGAUACAGAAGAAGAAAAAUUGGGUACUUUGAAAACCUGCAGGCUAUAGCAGAGGAUAUGUAUGCUUACCUGGGAUUAAACAACCUUUUGGACAACUUGGCAAUUGUGUAAAUUGGGUAUUUUCCUGAUAUGUCAUUUAUCGUCUCCAAAAUAUAGAAGAAACGUGUUUUUUUUCGCUCACUAGGCGUUGUGAUGGUCGUAGUUGUUCUUAUUGACUGACACCAAAAUCAGAAUAAUUUAGAAGCUGGUUGCAGGGAAUUUCUGAGAGCGAAAAGAUGAAAGCUCCUAUCCCUCUCUUGAUUCUUCUGUAUGCAUCUAUUGCCAAGAGCCUGAAGGUUGUGACCAAAAGGGGCUCAGCUGACGGAUGCACGGAUUGGUCAGUGGACUACAUGAAGUACAAAGUGCUUUUAGGUGAACCUGUACGAAUUAAAUGUGCUUUAUUUUAUGGAUAUAUCAGAGCAAACUACACCCUAGCUCAGAGUGCAGGACUUAGUCUGAUGUGGUACAAGAGCACUGGACAUGGGGACUUUGAAGAACCCAUACCUUUUGAUGGUGUUAGAAUGAGUAAAGAAGAGGAUUCAAUAUGGUUUCGACCUGCAGAAUUACAAGACAUUGGACUUUAUGCCUGUGUAUUAAGGAACUCAACGUAUUGUAUGAAGGUUUCUAUGUCAUUGACUGUGGCUGAAAAUGACACAGAUCUCUGCUACAAUUCCAAAAUGAGGUACUUUGAAAAAGCUGAACUUAGCAAAAACAAAGAAAUUUCAUGCCCUGACAUCGAGGAUUACAUACUGCCUCACAGAGAGCCCAAUAUAGUAUGGUAUAAGGAAUGCAAGCCAAAAGUAUGGAGACAGACAGUUGUACGGAGGAAGGAUACUCUAAUUAUACGUGAGGUUCGAGAAGAUGAUAUCGGGAAUUACACUUGUGAACUGCAGUUUGGAAACUUUGUAGUACGAAGAACUACAGAAUUAACUGUAACAGCACCCUUGACAGACAAGCCUCCCAAGGUCCUGUUUCCAUCAGAAAACAGAAUGAAUGUUUUGGAGGUACAGAUUGGAAGUCCUGCUAAUCUGACCUGUCGGGCCUUUUUUGGAUACAGUGGAGACGUGAGCCCUUUAAUUUACUGGAUGAAAGGGGAGAAGUUUAUUGAAGAUCUGGAUGAAAGCCGGGUUCGAGAAAGCGACAUCAGAGUUCUUAGAGAGCACCUUGGGGAGCAAGAAGUUUCCAUUUCCCUCAUUAUCGAUUCUGUGGAAGAAGGGGAUCUUGGGAAUUACUCAUGUUAUGUGGAAAAUGGGAAUGGAAGGCGGCAGGCCAGUAUUCUUUUACACAAAAGAGAGCUGAUGUACACAGUUGAACUUGCUGGUGGGCUUGGCGCCAUCCUGCUGCUACUUGUCUGUUUAGUGAUACUCUACAAGUGCUAUAAGAUUGAGCUCAUGCUGUUUUAUCGCAACCAUUUUGGAGCUGAUGAAGCUGAUGGAGAAAACAAAGAUUAUGAUGCGUACUUGUCUUACACCAAAGUGGAUCCUGACCAGUGGGGUCAGGAGACCAGAGAAGAGGAACGAUUCGCACUCGAGAUCCUCCCUGACGUGCUGGAGAAGCACUGUGGGUAUAAGCUCUUCAUACCCGACAGGGAUUUAAUUCCAACAGGAAGUAUCACCAAUGAUCAUUACCAGGAUGAUACAAGACUGCUCAGAGCUUAUAUUGAAGACGUGGCAAGAUGUGUGGAUCAGAGCAAAAGAUUAAUAAUUGUGAUGACCCCCACCUACGUGGUCAGAAGAGGCUGGAGCAUCUUUGAGCUUGAGACACGGCUCCGCAACAUGCUGGUCUCUGGAGAGAUCAAGGUCAUACUGAUCGAAUGCACUGAACUCCGAGGCAUCAUGAACUACCAGGAGGUGGAGGCCCUCAAACACACCAUCAAGCUGCUGACUGUUAUCAAAUGGCAUGGGCCCGAAAGCAACCAGCUGAAUUCGAAGUUUUGGAAAUAUUUACAGUACGAAAUGCCCUUUAAGAGGAUAGAGCCCAUCAUUACGCACGAGCAGGUCUUGGAUGUGAGCGAGCAGGGAGCCUUUGGAGAACUGCAGACCGUGUCGGCCAUCUCCAUGGCAGCUGCCACAUCCACCGCUUUAGCCACCGCCCAUCCAGACCUACGCUCCACCUUUCACAACACCUACCACACCCAAAUGCGGCAGAAACAUUACUACCGCAGUUACGAGUACGAUGUACCUCACACCGGCACCCUGCCCACCGUUACCUCAUUAGGGAACCAACAUACCUACUGUAACAUCCCCAUGACGCUAAUCAAUGGGCAAAGGCCACAGUCUAAAUCAAACAGGGGACAAAACCCAGAGGAGGCUCACACGAACAAUGCCAUGCUGCCCCUCUUGCCCAGAGAGACCAGUAUAUCCAGUGUCAUUUGGUGACAGCUGAACAAAGUGGGAAGUUGGCCUGCUCCAGUGUUUGCUGAACCCUGCAGUCUGGUGGUUGGAACUGCAGCCUUGACUGCUUCUGUUAAACCUGAAUCACAAUCCACAUAGAAAAAACAAGAAGACACACACACACACACACACACACACACAUACACACGGAAAACAGGGUCUUGUACAUAUAUUUGCAAUUUCUUUGUAGCAUUGGUGUCUUCCUGUUCCUUUGAUGUUUGUUGCAUUAUGACUUUGUUUUAUAUGUUAUCCAAAAUGAUAUAUUUCUAGUUUUGUUUUUGUUUUGUUUUGUUUUGUUUUAAUGCUCAGAAGAUGGUUCACGUGCUAUAUAGAUUGGACAGUACCUUUUUUUCCUGACUUAGACUAGAAUGAUUUUACUUUUAACAUUUCAUUGGAUUACUUGGACAGAGCUCUGUUUUACUGGAAGGAGCAACAUCCUUUUUUGUUGGCCUAUCUAGCACGUAACUUGUUCAGAGUGCGUACUUUCUAAAAGGAUUAUGCAAAAGAUUGAGAAUCUUGACAGUAACAUUUCUUCCCCUCUUUUGAAAUAGCUUACAAAGAUUUUGGGGAGUGGUGCUAGGAUCCAACUUCAUCCAGUUGGUGAAGAUAAAAACAGGUGAAGAUAAAUCAGUAACAUAUCAAACACAAACCCUUUCUAACAGCAACGGCUGUACCAAUUCAGUAAAAACUAUGACAGGUAUUCUUUGAUUUUUGUUUAGAAGUACUUGAACAGUUAAUGUGUGCAUAAUCAAACAAAUUUUUUUGUUUAGAAGUACGUGAACAGUUCAUGUGUGCAUAAGGUAAAACAGUUUUGUGUAUUUCACUGCACUGAUGUAGUUUUUUUAGGCCAGCAAAGUGGAUGUUGGGUAUUAGAUGUUCUCUUUAUAAUUUAAGUAUAAAUACAUUUUGAUAUUUUGGUCAAGUUCUUGAAAUGCUUUUCUAAGAAUGUUUUUCACUUGCUAACAAAAAAAACAAGACUUAGAAAAAAGAGUAUGCUUGUGUUUGAAAGACCAAGGCAGUUUUUAUCAGUACUUAUGCAUAGUAAGUAGAUUAUGUAAAAAAAAAAAAAAAAAAACACAAUUCACACUCUUGAAGAAACUCUGCUGAUUUCUAUAGCAACACAAUCAUGAUUUGUUUCCCUUAACUACUUUCAUUGCACAUUAAAAUCCUUGACCUCAACUUAGUGCCUCCCUUUUACUCCAGUAAAAUGACUCCUCUAAGUAAAUUUUAAAAACUGCCAUAACUAGAUUAAGUUUUAGGGCAGAGGUUUACAUGUUUAAACUUAUAGGAGCAUGUACCUGUCUGUUCUCUUUCAGGACUGAGUAUUCUUCAUUAAACAUUUACAGGAACGACUGGGAUGAAUGGGAUUGCAGUCUCACUAACUGGGACCUGAAUUAAAUUAAAGGUCCCUUGUGCCUCCAAUGCGAUGUUUAUAACCAUUAUCGUGGCUCCAUAAUUAUGAUUUAACCCAGGCAUUAGUGACAGCCAUUGUAGAUUUAAAAAAAAACCAAACAUGUCCCUCUAUUGGAUUAUUGAAUUCCAUUCCAUGACCAAACUUUGAAGCCUGAGUAGCAGUGGGAUUUUUUGACAAUGUGAGGAUUUGCAUCUACAUUCAUCCCAUACAUGUAUCAGAGAUGAAGGGCAAUAAACAUAUAUCCACCCAUCAUCUCUACAGUAUACGAGAUGGAUAUACUGUAGGUUUUGAGACAAUCUAGCAACAUUCACCAUCCAAAAGGUGCAUUUAUUUAGGUGAGUGGCGAGUUGUUUUGUUUGUAAUCCCAGAGCUCUAAUAUAUACUGCUUGUGUAAUACACUGCAUUGCAUCACAUUAGGCACUUUGAUUUGCACAAUUCAGGGACUAAGGGAUAGGAUACUAUUUAUCUCUCACUUGUGUUUUGCUUUUCCCUGCCAUGUUAAUUGAGUGAAAAUGGAAGGAAAGAAUAAAGCAAGAUUUUCUUAAGCCACACAACAGAUACCCCUUUCUAAGCAUACUCAAUACAAGAGGGUGUUCGUUCACUGCUAAACUAGCACUAUGAAUACAGCUCAUUAUAUCUUGGGCUCUUUUUAGUGAACAGACCUAAUGUACAUGCAUAUCCAGUUUUGUGCUUAUUAAGGAAUGCAUUUGAGUUCAGUAUACCCUUGGGCUGUAUGGCUGAAGGCAAGCUUUGAAAUGUAAAAGCCUCAUAAAUAAAUCAGCCAAUCAGUGUGAAGGGCUAGUUGUUGGUAAGACCUCUCUAAUUCAUGAUAAUGGCCAAGUUACCAUUAUCACUGUCAUAAACUUAAUUCCGGUUCAACCAUGGUUUAAUUGAUUAUGAAGUGAUGUUUACCUUUGCUGAUAUGUGUGUCGGUCAUUGCUGCUGCUGCUUGAGGUCUGUGGCGAUGGGUUCCUGCCAUGGCCCUUAUUGUAGAAGGUAACUGCAUUUCCUGCUCUUCCAGCAAACCUUUCAAAGUGUCCUAUGCUGUUGUCUUCAGAGUUAUGGUUAUCAAGAGUGGCUGAAUAAUCCUCAUCUGGAUGGGAAGAGACUGUGCCUGCAUCCGAAUGUAUGGAAUGAUGUCAUUGAGUACAACUUUAAGAGAAAUCAAAAAAAAAAUCCAAAAAAAAAAAGAGAAGAUGGCUCACCCAAAUCUUUUUACGGGCUUCCCCAACUUUGGGGGUUUGUUUCCAAACUUGAAGUUAAGUUUGGACUGUUUACUAUUCUAUGAACAAAUUAUUUUUCUAAACUUAAUACACAUAAUAUAUCUAUAUAUCUAUAUACCUAGUAUAUAAAAAAAUGACAUGUUUUUAAUCAUGUCCAGAAUGCUAUACUAAAGCACUGGGGAGAUGCUUAUAAAAAUAUGCUUACACAUUUCUGUGACUUGUACAUCAUACAUGCUGAGAAUUUUUUAUUUGAAGAUACCUGUGCAAGUAAAUGUCAUUAUGAGUUGUAAAAGUAAGAGGCUCGAUACAUGAGUCAGUGUAUCAAGUAGUUAUGGUAUCAAGUCAAAGCAAAAGCUUGUUUACUUGUAAUGCUAGUCAGAAACUUCAAAAGGCUUUUUCCCUUUGGUUUGAAAAAACAGGACUUAUCAAGUACUUUCAGUGGAUGCUUCAUUUGUAAACUAACCGCAUAUACUAUACUUGUUUAAUACUGCCAUUUUACGAAUAAAACGGCCCUCUGGAACACAUUCAAACAACCCAACUCUUCACACUGUACACAGCAAUCCCUCAUGAGACAAAGUGGCAGAGUGUCCUGCAAAGCUGUACCUACUGGCAGGAGCUUACAACUAAUGUACUAACAGUCCCAGCUGAAUUGUAUAAAUGUGUGUACAUAAAUGCAAACAUAUCCAUAUACGCACAUAUGUGAGGAAGGGAUGCCAGCUGUUUCUAUUGUCUCUUACAGAUGAAAUACUAUUAACAAAUAAAGAAGAUUUUUUCUUAUUCUUAAAUUCUCUAUCCAAUACUAUGUUUUUUCUUUUUAAAAUAAACUGCUUGGUUUUAUCAUUCUUUGUACACUUCCUGAAUAUACAUUAAAAAAUGGGAGCCUGACUUGUGUGCAUUAGAUACAAAUCAGACUUCAGUUAGGACAAAAUAUGAAGAAAUGCUUUCUACUGGUUCUAAAUCACAUGAAGCUAUUGUGUGUCUUCCUGAAAAAAGGCAAUUUCCAAGAAAGAGAUGUAUCACACCAAUGCCUAGUUAAAGUUUAAAGAUCAACAGUAAACACAUUAUUUAAUAAAGAAUCGUCUUUUGCGAUACAUCAGCAGUUAAAAAAUAUUUUGUGGGGGGGGUAAACAUUUUAAAUUCUAGAUUAUGCCUCCCUUACUUCAGAUAGAUAGAUUAAGAGUUAAAAGCAUACUCUUGCUAGUGCAUUGUUUAAAUAAAUGUACGAUUUAGGAUUACUGUUCAUCUGGCACGUUUAUAUUACCGGUGUGUUUGGAAAUUUGAAAAUACUAAUAAACAUACAGCACAGUGCAUUGCUAUGUUUUAUACACCAAGUAAUUUUAGGUGCAUUAUUCUCCCAGAGCUCGGUGUAGUUGCCUACGAGGUAAUCUAUGGAUAGAGAGGAAAUGCAACUGAAAUGCAAUGCAUAAUCUCCCCGACCCACAGUAGGGUGUGAUUAUGAAGAGUUCCAUCUCCUUAUCAUAAGUGAAAUAAGUGCUCUGGUGGCAAAGUGUUCUCCUACUUCUUCCUUGUUGCUGUUGCUAUUUGAGACUGCCGUGGGUGGACCUGGGGUUCACCCCCAGUGAAUAUGUAAUUAUUAUUCCAUGUGUGGGAGGGAACCACCUGCUGUUGAAGUAUCUUCCUCAAAGACAGAACAGAGCAAUUAAUUUUAUUAGUCAUACAGCUCCAUCUGCAAGUGUUAGGCAUAAUGCUUUUGACACCCCCCAAAAAAGAAAUAUAAUUUACACCUUCAGGAUUCUCUACGUUUUUUUUCAAACAUACGCCCCAUCCGAAUUGCAAAGUGUAUCUACACUUUAAUUCUCGAGUUCAGUGAGGGUAAUCAUGAGCUUACAUAUAUCCUCUAAUUACCACCUGUUAUUUCAGAAUAGUUUUCACUGCAGACAGUCAGGGUAUAUUCAUUAUUGAAUAGACAGUUAAUAAGAAUUUACUUGGGACUUAUGUAGAGUCCAAGGCAUUGCUUCUCAUCAGGUUGGCUUGGCUGAUAUUUCUACAUGGAUGAGAUUAAAAAAAAAAAAAAAAAAACAGCAAGAAGGCUUACUGGUUUUACAGAUUACGUAGACCUAAAGUAACCCUAUCACUAUGCCCAUAUACAGUACACACAGAAGUGGUGAUGACACAAGCCUUAAAAUAUUGAAUGUUUAUAUUGCCUUUUUUUUUUUUUUUUAAGUACAUCUUACAUUUGACAAAGCGAAUAAGGAUUUGUUAGUAUUUAUAGUUUUUCACUGAACCAUACCUGGUGUUUUGAUCUACGGAAUGAAAAGGGCCUGGGAGACACUGAAAUUCCUAGAAUUCAAACUCACAGAGUGUUGGGCACUGUUAAGUUUAUACAUGGUAGCAGAAAUACAACAAUGACAAGCUAGCAGUGGCAAUUUUAAUGUAAAUAUAUGCAACACUGCAGACUGCAAAAUACUAUUAGAGAUUGGCAUUUCUUCUUGAUAUGAGGUGGUGUUUGUUUAAAUUCAGGACAAGGCAGAAAACAAAAACGGUACACUGCUUACCAGAGCAAGGAAACUCAGUAGAGGAAAGGUAAUUAUUAUUUGUUGUUCAUGUAUUUUGUUAUCUCUGUUACGCUGUUGUAUAUUUAAAAAUACAGUACUUGACACACAAGCCGACACUGCUUGUUGCAAGUUUUCCACAUCUAGUAUUUUGCAUUUGUAUUGAUUUUAUUGUUACAGGGAAAACAACACUCACUAAAUAUGAAUGCUGCACAUGUUAGCAAUAUAGAUAUUGAUUUUUGUAAUGUGUAUUGUACUUGCCUAACUUUUCAACCAAAAAAUAAUAAAAAAGGAUAAAAACCCACAAGUAGGCAGGUUCUGUACCAGAAACGUUUUCAUGAUUCAAUAAACAAUGUCACUACAUAUUCAUUGACAUUUCUUGUAAACAUUUUAAGAGCACACGGUGCCCUGGGUUUGUCAAAGCACAAGGUGCACUAUGUCUAGAAUUAAAAAACAAUAAUAAUAACGAUAAAAAAUAAUUUGGUGUGAUUUUGCUUUAGGUAAACAAUGUUGGAUGUUUAAAGAAAAGAAAAAAAAAAAAAACAACUUUAAUACUUGCAUAUGAAUAUUUUUGUAUAAUAUUAUCUGAAGGAGGUAAAAUAAAAAAAAAAUAAAAAAAAUUAAAAUACCUGCUUCAUGGUGUGCGACUUUUAGAGAAAAUAAACAGGGUAUGUGUGUCCAGUUUGUAAAUGUUUUAUUUCAUGAACACUCUUUCACUGGUUAAAUGCAAGGUUAUGACAAUUUUAAGAUAUUUCUUUUGUGAAAAAAAUAGAAAAUAAUAAAAAAAUUCUGAACAAAAGGUGUAUGCACCCAAUAUUUGUAUUCUUAUGUUAUGGAGAACGACUAUUUUAUUAUUUAAAAGGUGUAUUAGCUCCAAAAAUUUGACUUUGGCAGCUUACAUGGGUAGCUUAAUAGAAGAACCAGGCGUUCCCAAAGUUUCUUGGCCCCCCGAAGACAUUAAGCAUUCUGACCAAGGACCCCGCAAUUUUGAUACCUUGUGGCAAAGUGGUUAACAGUGUGCACGUGCAGGAAUGCAGCGGUGAUCAAUGAACAGACAGACAACCACAGACAGGUUGUUCGUUAGUACCAGUAGGACUACUGCUUUCAUUAUGUUCAGUGUCAUAAAUUAAAAGAUGUGAUGUUAUAAUUAUAAAGUGCAUUAAUAUAGUUGCCUAUUUUCUUCUCCUUACAAGCAGCCACUUUGUUGUAUAAUGGUACAUACCUUUAGCCCGGGCAUGACCUGACGUCAAUGUUACAUUCCAAACAACCCCAAGCACCUAACAGCAGCGUUCAUGUAAGUUAAUUGACCUCCGCUCUGGGAGACUUUUGCUUUGUCAGGGUCAUUUGGGUCAUUGUGCUACGUACCCCCCUGUGACGAAGUGCCCGCCCCUGUGUGUAUUUUGUGUGUUAUGUGUUGUAUGUUGCGUGCGUGUGUUAAUGUUGGUGUAUAGUCAUUGGUACACGGGAUAUAAAUGGGUGUGUGCAGCACGAGUAUUUAAAUUGUAUAAAUAUAUUUAGGCACGGGAUUGUACUAUCAC